CGAAAUACUUCCUAUAUUUCAGCCACAAAAACUUCAAAAAAAUACCUUUAUAUUUUUGUAUCGUUAUUUAUUCCUCUUUUCUGACUAAGAAAAUGUCAGAAUGCUGCAAAGAACUUCUAUCAAUCGUUGAUAAAUACGACUUGGAAAAUCCUGAAUUUGGAAAAGAGGAUGUAACAGAGUUAGUUUCGUUCGUCCUUUCGUGGCCACAACGGCAAUGUAGGUGCAUUUUCCGAGAUCAGCUUCAUUUAGCCCGCCUGGAAGAUCUGCUUCAGAAUCUUUUGAAAUGCGCUAUUGAUCUCAUAUGCGAGCUUCGUGUUCCUGCUGUUGAGGACGAGAAGAAGGACGGAACUGAAACCAGCGAAGAUCAAAACAACGGGAAGAAAAACGAGUGGUCACAACCAGAAAAGGAGAGACUGUUCCUUGCUGUGGGAAAGAUAUUUCAGCUGCCUCUUCCUUUCUAUCAAGUGCGAAAGAUUCAUCUUUUGCGACAGGAAACAACAAGUAAAGACUGCUCCAAAUACUGUGAUGUGAAUGAUGGGGAAGUACCAGAAGCUCUUUUGAUCAAUGUAGCAUACUUCUGUGACCAUGGUGGUUUAUCUGCGAUCAGGGAAGCAUUUCAAGAUGCAGAUCCAACUACAUUGCCAUUUCCAAUUGCCCAUCACCUUAUCAACAUUGUUACUCAGUUGCGCUUAUGGUUUAGCAUUCAGGCAAUUAUGCAGUACAUAAUUCCACUCCGAAGGCCAGUCAUAAGGUAUCUGUGUAAACUAACAGACAAGGAUCUGCGACAGCCAGAUGGUCGUAUUAUGGUUGACUCUAUGUGGAGUGCUGUGAAAGGGCCUGUGGAAUCGGGGCCCAUCUGUGAUAAGGACAGUUUAGAUCUGGCCUUUAAAUACUUUACAUCAUCCACUCUGACAGUGAGGCUUGCCGGCUUGAGUCAAAUAGCAAAUCAGGUUCACAUGUUCAUGGAUCUCUUCCAAACUGAUCCAGCUUCAGAAAUAGAUAGGCAAUGCUUAUGUACAGAGUUAUCCCAGUGGCUGAUUGAGAACAAACUUGUGGAACACUUGUUUGGUCCAAAUUUACAUGUUGAGCUUCUUAAACAGUCUCAGAUCAUACUGAAUUAUUUGGCUCGGGAGACGUGCCUGACUACCUCUCACUUAGACUGCAUCUGGCUUGCAGCACAGCUGAAACAUGCCAGCCGAUAUGUUCAUGAUCUUCUGACUGUGCUAACAAAACAUAUGGAUAUGCCCUCUAUCUUGUACCUACUGGACUUGGUCUCAAAGCUACCACCAGCAGCUCACACCCGGCAGACCCUCUACCUUGCACUUGUUCUGAUUAGAAUUGUCUGGAGAGCAGGCUUGUCUCCUGCAGUGGCAGAGUCUGGUACAGCCGUGCACACGAACAGCCCUGUGCAUGGACCAUUGACUGCUGGGAGCACCAGUGCAGCGGUAGCAUCAGCCAUGCAGAGGAAAUUCAGUCGAACAGCAAGUCUUAGCCAGAGUAGCAGCAGGAGUGGCAGCCUGAGUGAUAUAAGUUGCGAUGCUGAACAGCUUGACAUGGAAGAAUCACUGACUCAUGGUCGUCAAAAAUAUACGCGUCUUUCCUCUAAGGGGAGUGCUGACAUGGAAACAGAAGAGAUCCCUCACCCCCCUGAACUUAGGCAGACCUACGCGGGCCAAGCUGAAGAUUAUUCUAGCCAAGAUAAGACAGGUGGAGAAGAUGCAGACAUCGAUAGCACCAGCUGCACAAACAGCCGAGGUAGCUCUCUGUCAGAUAGGCGUGACCUGGAUGAUUUUGAUGCGGAGGGAGUCCAAGAUGAACUGACACAGCUUAAGACGGUGGCAGCUCUGCGUGUCAUGCAGGAGGGGGGAGAGGAGCGACAGAGAAGCUUAGGAUUUGAUUUGAACACUGUGUGUGAGCAAGGAAAGACACUACUUUGGGAUCUUAUUCAAGACGAUAAUGCUAUUCACCUUUCUGAUGGAUUGGUCCAGGAGGCCGAAAAGCUUCUGUGUCAGUUGAUAUGUUACACUGGCGAGAAGAAAAUCAGGAUGAAGUUUAUCGAGGGAUGUGUGGCUAAUUUGGCCGCCAACAGGUCUGUUGUGAUGUCAAUUCAGCUGUUGCCCAAAUUGUUCAGCUCAUUCCAGCAGUUUGCAUCCAGUGAUCAAGGGCCUCAUUGGGUGACAACAUGGGCCAGUAAAGAACUCAACAUGAUGGAGCUUUUUUUUAACAAUAUUAUUCAGUAUGAAGAAAGUGUCGCCAAGGGUGAUAUCACCAACAGUUCAUUGUACAGUUCAGUGGAAGAGGUGCAAGCUAGACUGCAGUUUUUGUCAUCUGUGUUCUCUUGUGAGCUGUCACCCCAGGAUUUUAAAUUGAGUGCCGGUCAAGUGGAUGUGCUGUGGGAUUGUCUGGUGUGUGAUUCAGAGAGUUCCGAUGAUACACUGGAGUGGUUUUUGCAACAAGCACAAAGUAAAGAAUUUCAUGCUCUGGAUGUUUCUGCUUUGCAGUACAUUUUGGCUGAGAAGCUGCCAUCUCUGCCAGCUGAGAAGUUCUCCAUGACAGGCCUACACCUUCUGCAGCAACUCUACAAGAUGUUCAAACACGCGGACGUGAAACCUUGUGAUCCUUCAAAGUUGUGCGGUAUAGACCAGCUAUGGAAUAUAGCUGUGCAAGUAAGAUCCUCAGAGGUUAGCUGGGCGGCUAUUACAUACCUGAACUCUCUGUACAUAAAUGCAAAUGGAGGUGCUUUGAAGUUUGAAGAUGAGUUCAUUCAGAGGUGUAUGAAUAUCAUUGGGGGAGCUUCGAAACAGUUGAAUCAGGAACAGAACCUUCAGAUAAUGGAGAGGGGUUUGCUUUUAUUAAAGAGUCACAUCGAAAGUUUUAAACGAAGGUUUGCAUUUCAUUUACGUUUGUGGUGGCUGGAAGGAAGAGGCAUCACUUGCCAUCAACAGAUCACUCAGAGGCCCACAGAGAAACAUUACCCCAUCCGAGUUCUUUGUCAACCUGCUGGCCUCUCAGACAAGGGUACCUUCGAGAUGAACUCAUCAGACCUUGUUGCGGACCUUCGAGCAGAGGUGACAUUUUGGUGCCGACAGCUCCAGGACAAGUUAAAGAAAGACACUCAGCUUGUCGACGGCUCUUCUCAACACACGCCCCUAUCUCCCUUCUCCUCUCAGUUACAUCCCCCCUUCAGACUCAUAUCCCAGGGGCAUGAACUGACGCCCGACUUGGAUGAAAAGAGCCUUGCAGAAGUUGGCUUUAAAGAUUUGCAGCUUGUCUUUGUAUCUGUUGGAGCUGUUAGAAGAGACAGACAUCAUGACAGUGGUUACAUUCCUUCGUCUUCUUUACCAUCGCCGGAAUGGAAUUCCACACCCAUGAUAAUUCUACUUCAUGAAAAAUACUUUGAUCAACUUUUUUUAUUCUUAGAAGCCUUAGACGGCUUUAUUGGCUCCAAGAGCAGCUCUUCUGAAAGUCCCUUAAGCGAUUCUUCACAAUUGUCCCCAGUAUCCAAGAAAAUAGUGGAAGCCAACAAGGCACACGACGAGUGUGAGGAAAUGGACCGUGGGUCUGAAAACCAAGGGAAACCUCCACUGCUACCACUGAUGGAAAGCCGUGUUGAAUUUUUAUGCGGUAUAACUUGGGAGCUCUUGUUUCUUUUACCAACUAAUCAAUCUAUUCUUAAUAAGCUCAAGUAUUUUGGUCGAGUUUUACACCAAGAUCCCAAGCGAAGAGACACCAAGAGUGACGAAGAGCAAAGAGCAGAAAAAGCUCAACCGGAGAAGAAACUUUGGGAUUCGUUAUUGGAUCCAAACUUCCCCCAUAAACUUCUUUAUUCUCUUCAAGUGAUAGACUUAAUACAUAAUUCUUCAAAGGAAUCACAAACGCAGUUUUCUCCCACUUAUUCACGUCUGAGCAGUGAUUCAGACAUCUCUGACAACGAGGAGGAAAAGGAAACGGCAACCUCACAAGUGCAGAUAGCUUCGUGGGGACUGCAGUUUAUUGAGUAUGGAGGACUAGGUCACUUGUACUCAAUUCUUAUGUCUGGUUGCUUGGAGGUCAGUGGGAACUGCUUAUGGACGCAAUGGAGGCAAGAAUGUCUUGCACAUUUGUUGAAACUGAUUUGUGAGUUUGGGACAAUGAAGCGAAGUAAUGAGGAUGACGAUGAGGUGUUUGCGUCGACAGAAAGUAUCGCUAGUAAGUCACAGAUUCAGAAAAGAGACGGACAGUUCCGUGUACGAUACAAGAGUACUGACAAAGAGGAGGUGAUCUGCAUCAAGUGUUUGUCCUCUAAUCUUAUGUCUAUUGUUGAUGUUAACUCAUUACUGGAGAAAUUACUACACAUUUCUCAUCAGGCAACUUUACCAAUCCACGGAGGCCAAAACAGAGCCAGUGGAGGGGACGUGGUUCGUCACGCUGUAUCAUUGCUUGUGUCUGCGGCCUUCACUGAUGGUACUGUCAGGAGCUCCCUUCUUCAGCAAAGUAACUUCAAACCUUGGCUUCAGCAGCUGGUGCUUUUAGCUAAAGAGCCCAGUGUACGAUUUGAAGCGUGCCGUGGACUUUACAGACUAAGCCUAAUCAAAGAGAACUCCUGCCUUACGCAGCUGAUGGAUGCAUUGCUUGACUCACUGCCGCUGGCGCAAUCUCUUCAAUCGAGAGAAAAUCCCCACGGACGGCGACAAGAGCCCAGUGCCCGGGAGUACUUUUCUAUUUUGUGUCGACUUGUGGAUGGCCUCCCCACUGUGGAAGACGGUCAAAAGGGCGAUGAGGUUGACUUGGACUCCUUGGCUAAACUGCUGGCCAAAUACAUACGAGACUGUCAACCGCGCACCAAGCAGAAGUAUGGCAGCCAUGAAAAUGAAGGCCUUAGUGGAAUGUUGAAACUGUGCACUGCUGUUAUGAGACAUGACCCCUCGUUCAAGAUGUCGACUGAUGGUUUGGAGUUUCUGCGAGACGUGUUCCACUCUUGUCUGUUUUCUCUACCAGAAGAUUGUUGUGAUGAGAGGGACUUGCCACUCUGCAAAUCUAAGCCGGCCAGGAGUGCAGCCUUUGAUCUUCUUCUCGAGAUGGCUCGAGGCUGCCAAGACAACUUCCUUGAAAUCCAAAAACUGUUGAUGAAACAUCACAGCUCUGAUGGUAGAAAACGUUCCUCUUAUGGUUGGCAUUACUGGCCCCAUGACAAUGGCCGUUCACUCUGUGGGCUGGUUGGAAUGAUCAAUUUAGGAGCCACGUGUUACAUGGCCUCCUGCAUGCAGCAGCUGUACAUGAUGCCUCAGGCCAGGGCCGCUAUUCUGAACUCGAGGAUCAACAGCGAUGUUAAACAUGAGGUGCUCAUGCGUGAAAUGCAAAGGAUGUUUUGUUUCUUAAUGGCAAGCGAAAGAAAGGCGUACAAUCCCAAAACCUUCUGCCGGACAUACACUAUGGACAAACAGCCUCUUAACACUGGAGAGCAGAAGGACAUGACGGAAUUCUUCACAGACCUGAUCGGCAAAAUAGAAGAAAUGUCACCAACACUGAAACUCCUAGUGAGAGAUUUGUUCUGUGGAGAGAUCAGCAACAAUGUCGUGUCACUGGACUGUUCACACGUCAGCAAGACCAGAGAGGAAUUUUAUUCUGUGCGAUGCACUGUGGCAGACAUGAAGAGCCUUUAUGAAUCACUGGACGAAGUGACGAUCAAAGACACACUGGACGGAGAUAACAUGUACACUUGCUCACAGUGUGGAAAGAAAGUCAGAGCAGAGAAAAGGGCAUGUUUUCAAGUUCUUCCGCGGAUUCUGUGUUUCAACACAAUGCGUUAUGCGUUCAACAUGGUGACUAUGAUGAAAGAGAAAGUUAAUACACACUUCUCUUUUCCUCUUCAACUCAACAUGGCACCAUACACCGAGGAAUUUUUGAUGGGAGACAAACAAGAUCAAGACCCUCAGCUCGAUCUAAGCUACUGGUAUCAAUUGAUUGGAGUUGUGGUUCACACUGGCACAGCAGAAGGGGGGCACUACUACAGCUUCAUAUUAGACCGGUCCUCCCCCCAGGGGCGCGAUCAGUGGUUCCUGUUCAACGACGCAGAAGUGAAACCAUUCGAUCCGGCACAGAUCGCGGCUGAGUGCUUUGGCGGCGAAAUGACGACAAAGACCUAUGAUGCAGUGACAGAAAAGUUUAUGGAUUUUUCAUUCGAGAAGACUCACAGUGCCUACAUGUUGUUCUACGAACGGUGUGAUCCUAACGAGAAGGAGUUACUGGCGGAGACGCCAAACAUCGAGCUAAGCCAAGAGCUGGCUGAUUGGAUCUGGCACGACAACAUUCAGUUCUUGCACGAUAAACACGUAUUCGACACGACUUACUUCAAUUUCAUGUGGCUUAUAUGCAGCAGCAUUGCACCUUCGGUUCCAGACUCCAAGGAGCUCGUGCUGUCCAAUGUCAAGCUGGGAACAUCAUUCUUGUUGGAAACACUCGUCCACGCCAAAGAAAAACUGUUGAUCAAGAACUGGGCCGACCUGUUGCUGUCUCAAUAUGAACAGUCAUCAGAUGUCUGUGAGUGGUUUCUGGAGACACUGAGCAGUGAGGAAUGGUUGCUUCAGGUGCUGGUCAAGUGUCCCAUACAAAGUGUUCGGCAUAUGUUGGCUCGUCUCUGCUUGGAUGUGAUUAAGAUCCUGAGGCCACUAUAUGCAGGCCACACCGACAAGAAUGAUGAUGACGAGGAAUUAGAGAUCGAGCACUUUGUGUUUGUCAGCGGGUUUGUGAAAGCUAUUUUUAGAUUGCUGGAGCACAAUAUCAAGGCGUACGUCAAGAAUCUUUCAGAGGUGUUUUGGUUUAUACAUCAGUUCGCCGUACUGGGAGGCAAAGAGCGUGAAUUUCUUCUGAAAGCAGACGCCAUUACAGUCAUGGUGGAAUUCUACCUGGGAACAAAAGCUUCAGAAUUAAACGACUCCACUACAGAUGAAGAUGAUGACGGUGAUGAUGACGACGAUGAAGAAGUGGUCACCAUUCUCCCAGAAGAUAAAUACCGAAUGGGUUCUCUUGAGAAGAUGAUUUCAGUUAUGGCGCUAUUGGUCGAGGAGUCUCGAGGGGAAAGGCAACUGCAUCUUUCAGAGAAUGACAUGGCUGCUUUAACAGGUGGAAAGGGAUUUCCAUUCCUUUUCCAUGCCAUCAAAGACAGUAUCAACCUCCGCCACACAACCAACCUGAUUUUUAGUCUGUGCAGAUACAACCUCAAGCUAGCGGAAAGUAUAAUUUCUCUGCUGAUGUCUUCAGUGCAAAAGCUUCCACCAGAGCAGUCUCAUUCAUUCUUCAAGUUACUGUCAAUGUUGACAGAGAUGCAGGGGGGUCCACCUGGCAUGCCAUCUUUUACUAACCUGACCCUUGCACGUAUCUGGGAGGCUGCCGAAUACAACGCUGCUCUGUGUAUAGACUGGCUAACGUGCAUGGCUCCGAAAAACAGGAUGGCUCAUCAGUGGGUAUUGGAAAACAUGGAUAAGUGGGUGGAAAAGUAUCUUAUUGCUGACAACAGUCUCAGGCUUAGAAAUGCUUCUGCAUAUCUUCUGGUAAGCCUUGUGCCUAACAGUCACUUCAGACAAGGGUUCAGGUCAAGAAGCUUUUCUGCACCGCACAAGGAAAUGGUGUUGAGUAAGGAUGCUCUCUCCAUACUUCAUGAGAUUUACAAAAUGUUGCUUAACCUUCUUCCAAGAGCCAGGAAAUACUGUGAUCGAAACAUCCAUGGCACCACAAAACUUGUCAGCUAUUUUGCCGUGUUGAACUACUGCCUUGUAUCAAAAACGGAGAAGGAAAUGUUCACGCCAUUCUGUACAGAGUUGUGGCGGCUGUUUCACCCAUUGAUGUCAGAACCAAAUAUCGCAGUACAUCCUAACAAACAGGCCUUGUUGAUCUUCUGGUUUCACGCUUGUAUUAGUUGUGAGAAAAAUAUCGACUUUAUUACGGAAAACAGCAGCGUGGCUGCCAACAUACCGCUCAACUACAUUCUUUCCAGUGAUGAACCGGAAGUUGUAAACUUUAACAGAAAUGUACUUCCGGCAUAUUAUGGGCUACUUCGGUUGUGUUGUGAGCAUUCCCGCUCUUUCACUCACCAGCUGGCUGUGCAUUCCAACAUGAAGUGGGCUUUUGAAAAUCUCACCAUACGCAUGAACCAGUAUCCACAGGCAGUCGAGGAGCUUUUUGCCCUCAUGAGGCUUUUUGCUGGCGUUACUUCCCCUGAUCCGCCCCAAGAGAAAAGCAAAGAAGAAGAAGCCUUUGAAGCAUCGUUCAGACGAGACACCAUUAUCCUGUACCAGAACUGUCUGGACGGAGGAGCGUCGUGGACGACACUUAUCAGUGCGUACAAGAUCUUGCUUCAAACGGAUGAGGACAGACUGACCGUGGUUGUCAACCAAGGACUUCUCACGCUGUCUGAUGCAUUUACAACCCUUCACAUGAUGUACCAUGAGGCUACAGCUUGUCACGUGACAGGAGACCUGACGGAAGUGUUAAUGAUUUUACACAACUUAUUAGUGUGCUGUCGGCCGCAUAGCAAUAAACAAGACGUUCGCAGUAGUAUUUUAGGAUGGUCAGAGAGAUUUGAUGUCGCCCAAAAACUUCUCUCGCUGUUAAAUACCUACACACCAAAAGAAGUCAGGCAAUCCUGUCUGGAUGUGUUAAACGCCAUGUUGGUUCUGUACCCCGGUGACAUCACAGAAGCACUGAUUCCCAUCAUAAGUGCCUCUCAUCAGCACUGGAACAAAACUUCUCCCCCAGGUCUCCUUGGUCCGUACUUUCCUCGUCGACACUCAAAGAUGAUUGUCAGCAGCAAGUCUGUGGCGAGGCCCGCUGUGCCUGAGCUUAACAUGUUCCUUCAUCCGUCAUUCCUGGACUCGCCAAAGGGAGUGGAGGAGUUGUAUGACACAGCAGUUGCAGAGUACUUCCAACCGUAUCACCACUUCGUGGAUAAACUGUUGCGCUAUGGAUUCGGUCAUGACAGGGUCCCUGAACAUGUCAUCACGUGCAGUUGUCUCUUGGCGAUAGAGGCCAUCCCUCUUCACUUCACGUUCUUCAGCAGUCUGUGGAUGGAAGUGUAUCAGAAGGCUGGCGAGAUUGGUAGAUACAAAACCUACAUACAGCAGCUAUGUCAGAAACCCGAGUUCCUCGAGUACGUGGACCUUAUCUUACUGGAUGAACGAGAAAGUCUCAAUGUGCGAGACAUCUAUUCCUUCCUGUGCUGCUUUUUUCCGCGGGUGUCAAGCCAGGUGUUGGUAAAGCAGUGGAAUAACUUGGUGCAGACACUGGUGGCGACAGUAAUCGCCGAUAAACCCGCAGCGGAGAAGGCAAAUGACACUGAACUCUGUGCAAUAGCUAAGAGGCUAACUGCGGAACUGCGGGCCAUGUCUCUACUUUUCUCAGUUCGCCCGCCACACAAGUCGGACGUAAGCCCCUUGUUGCAACCAAGUCUCAACGAAUUGCUGGUGGUCUGCCGCAAGUAUCAAGCCAAAAAAUUAGAGGCCAAAUUGCGGUCACCGGCGGUAGAGUCGGAACAACCUCCCUCACAGCAGCAGGGUAAAGAAGAGUCAUCCGCUGCCAAAACUGAAGGAGAUGAUGGACCCGUGAAUAAGCGAAGGCGGACCCAAGAGGAAGAGGACGAGGCUUCAGCUAAAACGACCUCGGGUCCGUCAGAUAAACCAGGGACGAGCAAAGACGAUAGCACGUCUGCAUCAAAGAAGGAGAAAACUCAAGAAAAUUCUCAGAAAAAGGCUGCAUCAAUAUGGGGUGCAAGGCCACCCACGGAUUGGGUGGACUCGCUGGUCAAGGCUAUACAGAACACUAUAUCUAAAGUUCCAACGUAGAUCAUGUUUUAGGGAAACAGGACGUGAUAGUCGAGUUUUAUUCCACUCAACUGUGCAUCUUCUGUGAUUCGAGGAAGAAGUUUGAACCAACUUUUAUUACGCACAGGGAAUGAUAACACCGGAGAGGUGCGUGCGAGAGAAUUUGUUUCUCACGUAGUGUAAGUUUGAAACAUUUGAAAAUAAGAGGACACAAUUCCGCUUUCGUUUAUUUGAACUUAGAUGAAAGGAUUUUGAAUUGAAGUCCACAGUAGUUACAAUUGAUCAAAGAAUUUUGCAAGUAUUCGAAAAAUCAACUUGCAUGAAGAGCUUGAAAACUGUUGUCGACCAUAAAUGGAGAAGAUUAAGGUUAGGUAGGUACUCCCUACUUUAAAAUUCAGGUUUAAUAUUUGAAAAUAAACCAUGGGUGACUAAUCCCUCUUCAGCUUUUCACUGAUGUGUCGACAGAUAACAAAUAUCUGAUCUUUUGAUCAUAAAUUUAGGUGAAUAAAAAAUUACAUUGAAUUUGUACAAAAACAAUUUUAAGUGCAUAUUGUGUUCUUGUCUUGCUAUGUUUUAUGGUCGUUGCUAUCUUUUCUUUUAUUAUUUAUUUAUUUAAUUUUUUGUUCAAAAUUUUCGUCAAUAAUGCUUUUCAUUAGCAAAAGCUACGUGAGCUAAGAAACCACAAGGUUGUUAACUCUAAUUUCCCCUUCAAUAAAAGCUUCAC